AUGGAAUCGUCGGAAGAAGAAGUGGGAGGUGAUGAAGACGACAAUGAAGUAAGAAUAGUAAAUAAUAGUGAUCAUGACAGUAACUCGUGCUUGGAAUACAGUUCAUUUGAGGAUUCCGAUGGUGAUGAUGAUAAUAUUGAGCUCGAGUAUUUUAUUGGUAAAGAUAAAGCAACAAAAUGGUCUAAGACACCAUUGACAAACGAAGACAUAGACAUUACUUGUUUGAACAUUUUAAGUGAGGAAAUGAUGAAAGAGCUAGUUCCAAAAAUUGGUCAUAGAGCCAAGCUUAAGGCAAAUAUUGAUGAAUGGAAAAAAGUACUAGAUCUCACAAGUAGUCAAAUUACAAUUAUGGACAUGUCUUCCCCAUUAAGUAUUGAUUUUGAAUCACCAUCUACAUCAUCAUUGGUAAGUGUUGGAGGUCUUACAGAUACUCCUUCUGAUACUGAAAUCUCCUUCACAUCUUCCAAUAAUCAGCAAACACUUAAUGUAUCAAAUUCAAAUGCAAUUAAUAAUCAGCACCCAAAUUUGAAUCUAAUACAUCAAUCUUCUGAAUCGGUACAAAGUCUAGUACUCAACUAUUUGAACAAUUCAAAUGAAGGAAAAGGUAUUUUGUUGAAAUAUAGAGAAAGUGAAGUAUUAGAUAACUUGGGGAGAAGAAAAUUAUGUAAUUUAAUUGUCAGAAACGAACUCGAAAAUGAACCAGAUAAAAUUGUAACCAGCCAAAAGCUUUUAUUGUUGUCUCAAGAAAUCACUUCUAUUUUUCCUAAGGAACAUAUUAGUACCUACUUUAUUCCAUAUAUGAGCUAUGGACCUACAAUCAAAAAAGCUGCAAAAGGAAAAUUGUUGGAUUGCUUCAAUAACCGCCGAAGAGAAUUUAAGAAAGCUGGUGUCAUAACACAUCAUUCAAGAGGGACCACAACUGAAGACUUUAAUUUUUUGUAUCCUAAAAAAACACAAACCUUAUUUGAGAAUAUUCCCAUUUAUAAAGACAGAAUUUUAGAACAUGCCAAAAGUAUUUCUACAAAUCUUAGAGAUCCAACGCUUAAAAGCUUAUUGCAUGAAUACUUAGAUCAAGCUCAAGAAGACGAAGAAUCUUCUUUGGUGGCAGUAUUCUUGGUUCUCCCAUUUUUAUUUUCCCCUGUUACUAUUAAAAAGAAAAAGGGAAAAGGUAAUUGGAGACCUUCAAAAAGUGAAAUGCGAGAUGGUUUCAUACUCCAUUUAAGAUCACAUGCAGAGUUACAAGAAUCUAUUACAAGAAGAAAACAAAAGUAUGAACAAUUAGCUUUUACAUUGCAACCUUUGAUUAUUAUCAUAGGACCAACAAUAAGUGAUAUUGCUCAGUAUUUUAUCUUGGUUGAUGAUACAUAUUAUCUUGUAAACUCUAUUAUUACUGCUGUUGACUGCUGUUUCAAAAUUAUCCAUGCCCUUCAUGCAGAGUAUCCUGUUGAAAGUAAGCCAGUUUGGUAUUUUAUUCAAAAAGGUUGCUAUAAGUUAAAAACUUCUUGGGAUACAGAAUAUGUGACAGUAAAUUCAUUAAUAAGUGAUCUAGAUAUUUCAAUUUAA